GAUUAUCUCCAACCAAAAUGUCAACCAAGACCUCUACAGAUCUAGUUGAAUAUGUUGACAAGGGUCCUGCUUUCCUUCCCAUCAUUGCAAACCCUCAGACAAGCCAGCUGGAAGAACGAUUGAGCAACCAGGAGCGCACCAUCACUUUCCUCCUCGAGCAAGCCUUCCGCAUCAAAGAGGACAUAUCUGCUUGUCUGCAGGGCUCCCAUGGCUUCAAGAAGGAGGAAUCGCUGGCCAGGAAGUUACUGGAAAGCCACAUCCAGACCAUCACCAGUAUCGUCAAAAAACUUAGCCAGAACAUUGAGAUUUUAGAAGACCAAAUACGAGUUCGAGAUCAGGUGACCCAAGGAGCUAAUCUUGCAGUCCACGAUCUGAACAUCAAACACGUCCACGGAGUUGGAGAUCUUCGAGGAAGAGUGGCCAGAUGUGACUCAAGCAUUAUGAAGCUUUCCAGCGACAUUCAUUACAUCAGGCAUGACUAUCAGCAAACUGAGAAGGCAAUCCAAGACCUGGUGUCUGCUCUAGAAGCUCUUUCCAAGAACUUGGAUAUAAAGGUAAUGCAGCUCUUAGGAAAGAUAGACUCCUCCAGUUCGGAGCAGAUGUCACAUUUAAAGAUGGUCCAAGGAGAUUUUCAACAUGAAAUGGACCUUAUGGGAUUCAAAUUCAAUUCCCUUUCAAAUAAUCUAUAUGAAGAAGUUGCAAACCAUCAAAAGUGGACAGAAAACCAGUUCAUCAAAUAUAGAAAAGACCACCUGUGUCAUAUCACCGACUGUCUGAACGUUCUACAGCAGAAACUGGAAAAAUCUGAAAUGAAAAUGGAAGAAAGACUGCUGCAGCUUUCAAGCAAAGUAGAGAAUUUCAUUAACACACACAAGCAGGAAGCGGAACUCAACAAAGCAAAGCACAUAGAAAACAAAUUGUCCAAAAGGAUGAGCCACAUGGAAAAACAGAUCUGGGAGGAGUUGGAGAAAAUGCAGACUGAAUAUCAAUCAGGAUUUAAAUCAAUUCAUGACUCUCUCACCUCCCUCCAACAAAUACAGAAGACAAAGAUGGAUUUAGAGAAAUAUAAAGUACAGAAAGACCUGAAGAAAUUGCAGCGUAAGAUUGUGGAGCUCCAGGAAAUAUAAAACCUUCCCAUCGCCAUCAUCUUUUGCACCAGCCCAUGGAGUGGUUUGUAUGAGAACAUGCAAAGAGGAGAGCUGCUAUCUCUGAGUGGGAAGUGAGGAGUUCAGAUGUGUCUUUACUUCUCACCAACUUUUAAGGGUGUGGAUGCACCAGGAAAAAAAACAAUAAAGCAAAGAAA